AUGGGCAACGCAUACACGAUUGAACUGCCCCGUAAGCUGCGUACGCAUCCUACGUUUAUCGUUGGACGUCUCCGCCCGUACUAUCAGUACGAGCCCGUUUUGAGAGGCGAAGAAAACAUCCGCGUUCGAGAGCCGAGACCACUUUCGAGUGGUCCCGUUUCAACGAGCCAGUCUGGUCGACGACCUUCUCGCGCAGUUGAGCGGUGUCUCGACGAUCUGCAGCCAGCUCGUCACGAAGACAACGAGUCGAACGUUCGUUCUCGAGUUGUGCCAGUGCAAAAGCGGCACGAUCGUCCGAACGAUCGUUCGCUAAGGAGCUGUAAUUACCCUUUACAAGGUCAUGAAACUCAUAACGCCGAGUUCGUUCAUGAUCCAGGUCAUCUAGUAACUAUUCCGUUAAACGGUUCGGCUUUUGAACAUAAAGCUGAUCCGACCCUUGAGCCGGAUCAGGUGUUCCCGCCUCCACCACAUCCUUUGGUGGACUCUGUAGGUGGUCAACGCUUUCUGGUGGAGCGUAUUUUGAACCACCGCAACGUGAAGGGCGUCCUGACGAGUUACCUCGUCCGCUGGCGUGACUACCCACCGGCGUGGGACAGCUGGAAAUCUCACGCCCACCUGAUGGUUGAUGUCCUUGGUAUCGUCGAGCAAUAA